AGCGUUGAGUGUGAUGGGCUGGGGGUGGCGGCCUGCGGCGUGCGGUGGGCGUGGCGGCCCUGCGCGGGUGUGGGCGUGGGUGUGCCUGCUGGCGUGGGCUGGCUGCUGGGCGGCGCGGGCUGAGGGCUGCGGCAUGGGCGAGCUACGGUGCCACGACGGGAGCUGCGUUUCCGCCGACCAGUACUGCGACGGCGAGGCGGACUGUGCGGGCAGCGAGGACGAGCCAGCGCACUGCACGCAGUGUAACCGCCUCUACUACGGCACGGUGGGCAAGACGUACGAGCUGCAGGUGCUGUGGCCGCUGCAGACGAAGCGCGCGCCCGUGUGCAACCUGACGCUGGUGGCUGCCGGGGGGCCGCACGGGGACCUCAUCCAGCUGGCCUUCCACAAGUUCACUCUGGGCAAACUGAACUCCCACACGGACCAGGGCUGCCCGCACGGCCACAUGCAGAUCAUCGAGAACCAGCGCAUAUACAGACCGGGCUUCUGGUGCGGGGACGGCCUCGGCCUGCCGAUGUACUACUCCGAGACGCCCUCCGUGUCGGUCAUCAUCACGCGGCUGCCCACGGACAAUGACCUCACCGCCCUCGACGACUUCCCGAGUUACUAUGUCAAGAUGUCGUACAAGUUCCUGCGGCGAGGGUCGGCGGUGGUGCGCUACGGCAAGGAGGAGGAGCCCAAGUACCUGGGCCUCCGGGACAAGACGACGGUGUGCAACGCUUUCUUCUCCAACUGUGACCAGCAGCCGUGCUACGUGCAGUCCCCGAACUUCCCCGGCAUGUACCCGCGGAACACCACCUGCUACUACCACCUCAAGCAGACCAAGGCGCCGCCCGGCAAGAGGGCCAUCAUCGCCCUCAGCCAGGACGACGGCCAGCUCGUGCACAUCAAGAGCCAGGCGCAGCCCCACGACACGGCCGAGCGGCACCUCAAGCUGUACGGGGACUGCUACUACGUGGGCGACUACGUGCGUGUGUACGACGGCAACUCCACCACCUCGCCCGUGCUGGUCACCUUCUGCCGCGGCGACGUGGUGCCGGAGAUCGUGUCCUCAGGGCCGGACGUGCUCAUAGAAUUCACCACGUCACCCUUUGACCGGCCAAAUCACGAGGUGCCGUGGACACAUCUGGCGGGCUUCGAGCUGAAGGCAGAGACGCGGUUCAUCCCGCAGGACGCCAUCGGCGAGGACUGCCGCGUCGUGAUCCGCAGCAGUGACAACAGCAGCGGCUGGGUGGAGGGCGCCAGUCACAGCGUGCCGCCCAACACCACCUGCGUGUGGCAGUUCCUGGGUUCCCACGGCCAGGUGGUGUGGAUCACCUUCGUUUACUACACCAGGACGACGCAACUGGCCAAGCUGCAGGGCAAGCUGUGCAGCACGCAGCUCGUCAUCGCCGACGGGGAGUGGCCGGAAGGCACGUCCAUUGCCCGCCACUGCCGUGACACCGAGCUGCGCACCUGCCACCGCGCUCGCCGCCUCAAGGAGGAUGCCUCCGUGCGGCCCUGCGACAGGAACGAGUCUUACGUGUCCACCGGCAGGAACCUCAGCAUACAGCAGCUGUUUGAGGACGGGAGCAUAGUCACCAAAGUUUCUUUUUUGCUCAGGUACGAGUUUGUGGACCGGCGGCAGACCGGGGACUGGGUGGGCGACCCGUGCCAGCGCGUCAUCCGCAGUGACGGAGCAGAGCGCGGCAGCUUCACCUUCUCGGCGCCGCGAGACGUGUUCCUGUACGGGCGGGGCGGCCGGUCGGCGGUGUCGUGUUCGUGGCGCCUCCUAGGGGCGCCGGACCAGGUGGUGCGCCUCACCAUCACUGCCCUGCAGACGGGGUCGUCGAGCUGCCGCAGGGAGGUGAACCGCCAGACCAAGGCGCUGCGCUGCAUACCCGGCUCGCCAUCCCACAUGUCCCUGUCGGUGUCCGAAUGGCCGUGGGCGGACGUGGAGCUGCCGCUGGCGUGCGUCUGCACCCAGGACGAGAUUCCCCUCACGAGGGAGUCUCACGGGCCAGACCUCACCCUCAACAUGACCAUCCGUGGCAUGCUCACCCACGAGGACUACUCACACUACUCCUUUAACGCCUCCUACGAGUUCCUGAAGGCGCCGGGCUGCAUCGGGGCGACGCGGGUGCUGACGGGCGCCGCGGGGGAGGUGGUGGCCUCCUCCUCCUCUUCGGAUACCAAGGCCAAAUGCGAGGGCUUCCCGUGGCUCCUCAAGACGCCGCCCAAACACGCGCUCUUCCUCACGCUGCCCCGCGCCAGUCUUGACAACGGCACCUGCGCCUCCGACACCCGGUUGUUUUUUCACGUGCCGGGCCAAGCCGACCCCGUGCUGGGCGUGUGCCCCGCCGCGGACCCCGCCGCCGCCAUUACCUUCUUCUGGCCGCCUCAGGCACUGGGACCGCGUACCAUCAACCACCCGCCGCCCGCCGCUGAGGAUUUCGACUUGGCGGCCAGGGAGGAGACAGAGGCGGAGGAGAAGUCGUUCAAGCAAGAGUUGGACUUGCGGGAGCCCAACGAACAGGGAUCGUCGCUGGUGGUAGCGUGGCAGCCCCGCAGCGCCUCGCAGCUCCGCCUUCGCUGGCUCACCACCUGGACCCCCGAGGAGGCUGACGACCUGGGGACCUUCCCACACUUCCACCCCGAGGGUCCCGGGGGCUGGACGGACGCCCACAGCGCGCUGCAGUGCAAGGAACUGUGCCCGGAGCUGCACGCCUGCAUCCCCUCGGAGCUGUGGUGUGACGGCAAGCAGCACUGUCCGCAAGGCAGCGACGAGACCGUGGCCAACUGCCUGCUGGAGCGCGUGCCGUGGCUCUACCUGACCAUCGCCAGCCUCACCCUGCUCACCCUGCUCUCCAUCACCGUCUCCGCCGUCAGCCGCCACCGCCAGCAGAAGGCCAAGAAGCGGCAGCAGGACGCCAGGCGGGUGUCCACUCAGGAGUCGAUCCUCCCGCCGAAGGAGAAAAGCUUAAGUGCCUAUGCUCUCGACUACACCGACAUGGACUUUGAAACGACCGUCUGAGGUGCUCGUGGCGGUCUGUAGGGGGCGCUCUCUCUCUCUCUCUCUCUCUCUCUCUCUCUCUCUCUCUCUCUCUCUCUCUCUCUCUCUCUCUCUCUCAAGGUCAGUGGUCAGUCGAUGCUCUUCUAUUGUAUUAUUGUGAUCUCCUUUGCGAUUUUGUACAUGACUGAGCGGCGCGGCGACCCUCCCCCCCCCCCUGGUCCCCCCCCCCCUUCCUCCCUUGAGAAUGGCUUAAAGAGGAGGAGGAGGAGGAGGAGGAAGAGGAGGAGGAGGUGAAGGGGAGAAGGAGGAGGAACACAGAGUAGUUACAUAUACAUACGUGUUUAGUACUUGUCUUGUCUCAGCGCUGCGCAGGAACGUGAAUCUUUUGCUUAUUGAAAAUUAUUAUUAUUAUUAUUAUUAUUAUUAUUAUUAUUAUUAUUAUUAUUAUUAUUAUUAUUAUUAUUAUUAUUAUUAUUAUUACUUGUGCACGCGUAAAAUUAUAUUCUCGUCCUACGACUUCGACGAACUCAAAAUAAAAGAACCGAAAUUCAUACUAAAAAAAAAACGACUCGGUAACGAUGAUUAUAUUGAGAGAACCCGAAGAAAUCAGCCUCGAACACAACAUAUCAAUUAAACAGUAUUAGCAGGCGAGGCUCAUGGAUUUCAGGGUGGAGCGACGGCAGACAUGUGGGGUGUGUGUGUGUGUGUGUGUGUGUGUGUGUGUGUGUGUGUGUGGGCCGAGCUAAGGCAAGGCAGCACAAUCGACACAUCAACAUUUUCCUUCCCUGAUCCCGCCAUAUCCACCCCCACCCCCCCAUCACCACCACCACCACCACCACCCCCACCACCACCAUCACCCCCACAACAACCACCACCACCACCAUCCCCACCACCACCACCGCCGCCACCGCCCCCGGCCGUCGCCCUCGCUCCACUACACAAAGUUUUCUCCUUAUUCUUUUCGUCAUCGAGUUUAUAAAAAUUUAAUAUAUAAUAUCGGAAGGUCUGACGGAGGAGAAAUAUUUCGUAUAUGUGUAGAUUGAGGCUGCCAGGAGGAGGAGGAGGAGGAGGAUGAAGAGGAGGAGGAAACAUUUUAAGGUCGACAGGAUCAGUUUUGGGGUCACGGAGAUCGUUUUUAUGUUCGUACGUAUGUGUGUUCGUGUACAUACGUUUACCUUUGUUUGCUGUGUACCUGUUCUUUCGGUACACCUGUUUACAAGCACACCUGUAGCUCCCCACACUGAAGUAGUGCUAAUUAAGACCUCCGAGUGACUUAUUCCGAAUCAAACUUUCCAGAAUCAAAACAUGUUGACGGCCUAACGAUUCGGCAGCUUCGUACGUCUAGAUAUUAUUUUAUUUAUUUUGAUUUUUACAUAUUUCUUUAAGACUUGAUCCGUUUUUUGCCUAUCAGCGGAGGCUCACCCGCCGGAGGAAACUCGCUUAAGUAGGUUACGAAUAUGUUUGUGAUAAGACGUGGGAAUUUGCGGUCUGGGAAGAGGAGGAUGAGGAUGAGGAAGAAGAAGAGGGGGAGGAGGAGGAGGAGGAGGAUUUGGGAGGAAGGCCACAGAGCAUCAUCACACGAUCUGCAUACUUCAACAACAUAUUCGUGAGUUGUUGUUGUUGUUGUUUUUUGUUAUAUCAGAGAAAAAUACAAAUCUUUUUUUUUUUUUGUUUUACUUUCAUGGAGAUUUAAUUGCCUCUCGAUCCUGAUAUUCAUAUUUUUACUGGAGUUUCCGACAGCUAACAUUUUUACACCUUUUUUUCCAUAUUUUGUAUUCAAGUUCUAGUCAUAAAAACGAAUAUUAACGGCGUUUUUAUUUCUACUUGUUCACGUUUUCACACCUGCUCUGUGUUCUUGAGGUUCCUACACGCCUCGACUCCGGCAUCGUCACGGCAGGGGAGGGAGCAACGAACGUAGGAAUGUUGCGUUUCCUCGGUGAGCGAAUAUGGUGUUGGUGAAGGUGUUGGUGAGUGUCAGUGAGAGCGUUAAUAAGAGUGGCCCAGUGGUCGUGUCGGGACUCUUCAGUCAUUGUACAGUAUGGUCCACUAUGGUCCCAAGGCGGUGGUGUUCUCUCAUCUACACGUUGCAGAGGAGUGGUGAGAGACGGAACUGUAAUACGCUACGAGAGUCUUUCCCUUCGCCGUUUCUUUCCCUUCCUUUGCUAAACUACUUUAUUUUCUCCAUGAUUGUGCCCUACCUUAGGUCCCAAGGUGUUGCAGUCUCAUCUACAUAUUGCAGAGGAGUGAAUAUAAAAAGAAAACUACUGUACACUACUGCAGUCUUUCCCUCAUCCGUUUCCUGACUUUACUUUGAUACAUUUUCCCACUUGUUUCCUUCCUGUGGUCCCGAGGCGGUGCAGAAGGGUGAAGACAAAAAAGUAAUUGCUUUGCGCUACUAGUCUUUCCCUCAUCUGAUUCUUGUCCUUUAUUUCACCAUUGCAUCCACUCCUUGUUUCUUCCCCGCCUGAGUCGAGGGGCUUCACGACGGUGCUGCAGACAGAACGAGGUCACGGGCAUGGCAGGGCAGGCCAGGGCUUGGAGGAGGCCCUCACAAACCUGCCUCCACGCCGCCGCCGCCGCCGCCACACUCCCGACGGCACGGAUGGACGGCCACACGCACCACACGACUGUCUGUCUGUCAAAAACACAACUCCCUCGUAACACUAAUAGCCAGGUAUUUCGUAAGGUGUCUCGUGUUUUCUGUCAAUUAUCAAAAGAGUAAUUUACUCUUUUAAUUACCAAUAAAUCACUUUGAGCUCAAAGGUAGUGAUCCCAUGUUUGGUUUUUGUAUUAUCUAGGAACACGAAAUGCCCCUUUGGGUUUUUGGUGGAGGCAACAAACGGGUAAUGACGUUCAGUGGACUUACUGUUAAGAUGGAACGGAAGUGUUGUGAACUGUUGUGGUAAAAGUCAACGUCAAAGCAAAGGGAAAGGCGGAGGAGUUUGUGACGUGUGGAUAAAAUGGAACGUGACUGACGUGAAAGAAAAGACUUUCCGUAAACACGUGACGAGUGAAUGCUGCCACAGGUAACCGGCCCGAGGCGCGGCACCUGUGGCGGCGGCUAAUGAGGCGACGCUAACGGUGACGCCACCUGGCGGGCCGCGUCGGAUGGGGCGAACCCAGGAAAGAAAAAACGAAGAGCAACACUGCGAAGACAAUCACGGCGGAAAACAAAGAAUAUAUGGAGCGGAAAGGCAGAGUGAGUCCAUGCAUGGGGGUCGGGGCUCCCUGGCGGCCAAAAGCAGCAGGGCGCCGCCAGCCAGUGUGUCGGACAAGGAAAGCAUUGCAGUUUUAAUGAGUUUUAUACGGCAGCGUAUAACUAGGGGAACAUUACCCUUACCGCUUUAGUGCAUAAGGUUCAUCUUUUAUGUCUUCAAAGUGUUUUUAUCUGGUUUGCACUAAGUGUUGAAUGGUUUCCCGUUACCACGUUGGUCACCCCGGGGCGGCGGUGGCCACGCCCCUUACCCCAGGCUCCCCCGCUUGGAUCUCCCCAAGGAAACAAACCACUUUUGCUCACCAUUUGCCAAUGUAACAGCUUCAAUAUUUUUGUAAUUUAGUGACGUGUUAGGUAACUGAUAUUCACUAGUUUGUAUCUCACGGACUGUUAUUUACAUACUCUUGCGAGGGUCUGGAGGGUCUGGGCUCGGCCGCCUGCACGCCUGCACGCCGCCGCGGACCAGCUGGCGGAGCGCGGCUGUUCGCUCGGACGGUGGUUGUGUUUCCUUGUGUGUGUUUAUCAGUGUGUCGAGUCAGCUCCAUGUGUGGACUAUGUGUGUACACAACACUGAAGUAAUACUUUUUGUCGUGCUGGAUUACUGCUACACAUCAGGUCUGACUACCGGCCUGCAUGGAUUAACGAACAAGUGUGACUAAGGGCCUACCUGGAUGUAUCUUCAUGAACUAAUUAAUUGGUCGGGUGUGAUUUGAGGCCCAUUAUGAUUUUGUCUCCAUGAGCUAAUUAGACAGGUGUAAUUACAGGCCUACCAUCGUUAUCUACAUGAACUGAUUGAUCAAGCGUAAUUAGAAGUCUAUUUGUAAUUAUCCUCAUUAAGAAAUUGGGCAGGUGUGAUUAGAAGCCUACUUGGACUUUGUCUUCAUUAACCAAUACAUCAGGUCUGAUUAUAGGCCUAGCUCUAUUUUGUCUGUAAAUCAGUGGGCCAGGUGUACACAGUUUAAGGCCUACCUGUAUUUUGUAUAUUCUGACUAAGUGGACAGGUGUGAUUCUAGGUCUACUUGUAAUUUUCUUUAGGUAUUAAUUGGCCAGGUGUUCUCUGAGGCCUACGUGCAUUUUCUCAUUAAUUGAUUGGUCAGGUUUAAUUGGAAGCCUGCUGACAAUGUCUUCAUGAAUUAUCGGGUCAGGUGUACACAGUAAUAACCUGUAUGAGUCGUCAAGAACUAAGUGAUCAGGUGUAAUUAUAACUACACAUGCAUUGGAUCAUUACAAAACGAUCAUAUAUUAACAUCUCUCUCUCUCUCUCUCUCUCUCUCUCUCUCUCUCUCUCUCUCUCUCUCUCUCUCUCUCUCUCUCACACACACACACACACACACACACACACACACACAAAUAACACAAAAAC